AUGGAGUCUCCGUUUCCCAAGUCAUCUUCAGUGGCCGGCGAGGGCGAGAUCAUAGCCCAGCUCCUGCCCAACGGCCUGUCGGGUCUCAAGGGCAUGUCAUACCAGUACCCCCUAAAACUCAUCUCUCCGACACCGGCAGCCGACCAGAAAAGCGUUCUGGUGUUUCUACUCUCCUACGGCGGCGGACUUGUCGGGGGCGACAGCGUCAAUCUCUCUAUCCGCACUCUACCGGGAUCAAAACUCAGUAUUGUCACACAGGGUCAUACGAAGAUUUUCAAGUCCGCGUCUCCCGACGUCGUCACGCGCCAAACGCUCAGUGUUCAUAUAGAAGAUGGUUCAGGCAUCUGCCAGCUGCCAGAUCCAGUUCAGCCUUUUGAUGGAAGUGUUUACGAGCAGACUCAGAUAUUCACAGUUGCUCCCAACGCAUCUCUGUGUCUACUGGACUGGGUGACGCAAGGCAGAACGGCGCGCGGUGAGGAUUGGAGUUUUGUCAAAUGGACAGGACGCAAUGAAAUCUGGCUGGAGAAAGAAGCGCCCAGCCAGAAGAAGCGUUUGUUAGUGCGGGACACAGUCAUCUUAGACAGAGACAGCCAAGGCCUAGUAGGGAGGUCGCUACGAGACUCUAUGCAUGGAAACGGCCUCUUUGGAACUUUGAUCCUGAGAGGGCCCCAGAUGCAAUCAUUGGGCAAUUUCUUCCUCGAAGAGUUUGGUGCUUUGCCUCGUAUUGGCGCGAGGGAUUUCAGAUCAGCUGAAGCGAAAGCGAAGGAAGAAAGCAGCUUGACUGAGCACGAAUUAUGGAGGCUCAAGCGCAUAGAGAUGGAGACGAAGGAUGGUAUCUUGUGGUCGGCUGCGAGGGUCAGGGGAUGUGUUAUUGUCAAGUUUGGAGCAAGUACAGUUGAGGCUGGCCGGCUGUGGAUUGGCAUCAUGCUGAGUCGAGAAGGCACAGUUGCAAAAGUCUAUGGGGAGCAAGCGUUAAUGUGCGUAAAAUGA